CCUCUGGGGCGAUCUGAUUUCUCCGAGAGAAUGGUUAAGGCACGCUUAGGAGAAAUAGUCCUCCGUGGAGCAGGGACGCGACCUCUCUGCCGGCAGCAGCGGCCGUGCUGAGUGGGAUGCUCGGGCGCCCGGGCAUGCACAGAGCUGUUUGCUUUGGGGGGUAAAAACAAUCAGCUUGUUCCUCUGUCCUGGGAAAAUAUCAUCUGGCAACGAAGAGCAAAGGCAGCAAGUUUGCAGGGCGGCAGAGAGACCUUUGAGACCAGCACUGAGGAGUGGGCAAGGCCACUGGCUGCAGCUGGCCAAGCUCCGUCCCUCGGUGGGGUCCCCGUGGGGUGACAAGAGCGACAGGGAGGGAGCGCCAGUGCGGCAGCCGCCUCCACGUGACACUCCAUCCCCGCUCCCGUCAGAGAGACCUGGCAGGAGCCAGGCAGCUUCGUCGGACCCGGCCAAAAAGUCAUGCAGGCACGAGCGCAGCCGGGCAGAAGCGGCAACCUCAGCCCCCACAGCCCCAUGUCGUGGGGCGCGGGGCAGCACCUGCCCCCCGGGCUCCCCAGGGCCACUCUGCGGAAAUCAGCAUCGAUGUACACUGAAAUACAGCGGGAGCGACCCGAUGGUGGGAAUAUCCUGACUCACCCAGACUACAUAGAUGGAAACCCAGACCUCAUCAAACCUAAAAAGCUCCUAAAUCCUGUAAAAGCCUCGAAGAGCCACCAAGAGCUGCACAGAGAGCUGCUGAUGAACCACAAAAGAGGCUUGGGUGUGGAGAGCAAGCCAGAGCUGCAGCGGGUACUUGAGCACCGGCGGCGAAACCAGCUCAUCAGACAGAAGAAGGAAGAGGAAGAGGCAAAGAAAUUGCAGUCUCCUUUUGAAAAAGAGCUGUUAAAGAGGCACCAGAGGCUGGAUCAGUUGGAGAAAGAGCAGGAGAAGCAGGAAGACCAUGCACCAGAAUUCAUUAAAGUCAAGGAAAACCUGAGAAGAACAUCGACGGUGACUGGGGACGAGAAAGCAGCGUAGCUUCUGCCAAAACCCAACAGGGAUCCUACCAAGGCCGGCGCUAACAUAUACACGCUGACAUCUCUGUACAUGGUGGACACUGCGUCGUUGGGGCUACUCACAGUUAUUAACACUUGCUCCAGCAGAAGGCACAAAAAAGGUUUUCCCAGCCCAGGAAGUUAUCACUGCGGAAAAGGUGCAGUAUUCACCGAAGAAGUACUCACACGAGGAGAUGCAGAAAGAAAUUGUUAUUUUUCCCCCCGGACUGUGGGUUCACGCUAACCUCCAGCUAACUCUCAGUUAACCCUUGAGACACAGCGACCUUUUAAGCCAGGGAAGUCUGCAGAGGGAUGGUUUGGGGGACCCCUGCUUUGUCCUGGAGGCAGGCUCACCAGGCAGGGGGUGACAGGAGGGCAGCUGCAGCUCUGGGAACCUCCUGGAAACCUGGCACGUAACUAAAAGGGACAAUCUGUGUAUUACUGAGAACAGCCCAGGUGACCGUAAUGGCUUUCCCAAGGGUCACUGGUAUUGCACCAGUGUGCGAGCCGAGCCUGGCUGAGGCUGUGUGUGUCCCAGCAGCUCACCCAUACUAUUAGAAAAAUCAGCCUCUGUGUGCCCAUACCAAUGCAGCACAGGCGGGUGCAACUGUUCUUCAUGAGCACCUUUAAACUGCAUUUCAAACCCGUUCGAAAUAGCUAUUUAGGCACUUCUGCACUCAGGCAGAAAAUACAUCGGACCAUACCAUGAACACCCCAAGUGGGAGGCAAACGCUCCGUGCAGAAAGCAAUGGCUGGGUGUUUUCAGCGUGGGUGUUCAUGGAAGCGUGCAGUGACCAGACGGCAGAUCCCUGUGGAUGUAACAGACAGACAAACUGCUCCUUGCCCCUGGACUACUGAGCUUCAGCCCAUGUGGUAAUGGGGUAAUGUCAUACUGGUGUCAGGCUGCUGCCCUGUUCGCCCCGCACACAGCUGACGUCUGUAGGCACCAGGGGCUACGGGGCAUGUAGGUAGCGAUGUAAAACUAUUUGUCAGUAGUUCUCAUCCCCUUUUCCAGAGGUCAGAGCUGCCUCAUUUCAGUUGCCACCUUGCAAAGCUAAAGAUCUUCCUGUUGCUGGUAUAGCAAAGCCGAGACAGAUGGUGCAUUUGCACCAUGCGUGGACAGAGCCUACUACAUUUAUGGGGCACCUGUGCCCUGAGGUGGCCACAUCCAGAGCUACAAUUGCUCCUUCAGGAAGAUCUCAGCUUCUUGCUCUCACAUCAGCCCUGAUACAAAGCCUAAACAGCAUAACUCACCAACUGCCUUGGAACACUGGCUCGAGUGGCAAGCUUCCACGGACCCAGUCAGCUGGGAAGGUAAUACCUGGUUAAACAAUACCUACUGUCCACAUCUUCAGUGGAUCCAUACAUAAAUUAAGGGAAACUGGGCAUUUAUCACAUAUUUAUUAAAAAGUUACUAAUCUAUUCCCUACUGUCCCUGGUCCAGUGGGAUGUUCCAUUUCAGAGGGCUGUUGCUCAACCUGGCAGCUUGAGUAAAACCUCUGAGCCACAGCACGCAUCAAGAGCAGUGACACAGCUAUGGGACUUCUGUGACAGAUUGGACUAUAAAAGCACCUAACUCAGUUUCAGUCCUUCAGCCCCAUCUCACAGCGCUGUCUCUGUGGUAGUUUUUAAGCCCCUUGUUCAUCAUGCUUAUCCUAAACAAGUUUUUACUUCAGAAAUCCAGUGCAUAUGGUCACUAUGGGUCAAACAAGAUCUGAAAGGAUCUAUUAUGUCCUUUCUAACUGAAACUUUUCACAUAGGUUGUGAUUAAAGCCAUGAGGAAGAAGCAGCAUCGACCAUUUUUUCAGGGGGGGGGGGAAAAAAGCCCAAUUUCUCCAAGAAAAAAAGUGUUGCUAAGGAUGCUUGUACACAGCUGUAAAGCAUGCUGUAUGAUACUCUAUAGAUAACAUCGUUUAAAUAACAAGCCAGAAUUACUGUGCUGGGUUUCGUGAGGGGUUACAGCACAGAUUAAGUAACCUUGAUCAAAGAGCUCAAAAAAAGAUUCAGCAAAUUAAUUUGCAGUUUUGCCACAGAUGGAAACACACUCCAGGAGAGGCAAUCUGUCACUCCAUAUGCACCAGUGAAAUCAGUGUUACCAGCUCACCCGGGCUGGGACAGGGGCAUUUAUGCAAGUCCUUGGGUGGGAGCCUCCGGUGAGGUCGGGGUAAGCUGAGUGCUCACAUCAGCAAUGAAAAGGUUGAAAAUAUUUUGCUGCAGUCUUCUUGAGUAUGCAAAUAUUAUCUGGGGAGGGAAAAAAAAAUCAAGGUGUCUCCCUUUGAUGUGGUGUCCACCAAGCACAGAGUGGGGCUGCACACCGAUGCGGUCCGUGAUUGCUUAGGGGUGUCUGGAUCAUUUUCAGCAGGUGUCCAGAAGGGAGACAGAGGGCCAGGUCAUACUGUCCUAACUCGGGCUGAGCUAACAGAGCCACAAGAAACCCUUCCAGCAGUGGAGACACAGCAGAAAGCCCUGACCCGGCUGCCCACCGGCACCCCGUGGGCUGUGAGCCGGGACCCAGCCGCACAUCGGCACACCAACCCACCAAACCGGCCGCAGCAGCCGGCACCAGGAGCUGCCACAGGGCCGGGACGGGCUGUAGCAGCCCCAUGGCACGCAGCGGGGCACACGGCGCUUCGUCCCCGGAAAGAGCUGCAGGCUCCAGCCCUCCGUGACAGCACAUGGGAAACGAUGCUUUUACUGUUCAAGCCUUGGCUUAAAAAUCACAGGGUUUUCCAACACAGCUCUUCUCACCCCUGCGAACUGAUAACCACCUCCCUGGCUGGGCUCAGACCGAGAGCCCGUACAACUUCACCAAUGCUCUUCUGCUUCAUGGCGCAGCAGCAUGGAGGUGGCACCUGAAAAAAAACAUCAGUGUAAGCAUCACCAGGAAGAUUUUGGGGUAUCUUUGUGUCUCUUUUUCUUUGAAAUUAAUUCCUCCCUAUGACCCUAAAAUACAUUCCCGAAUAAACGUGGUAUAUCCAGAAGAUACAGAUUAUCAGAGUGUUGAUGGAAGACGAUUUUUUGCACUGUGUAUGUUGCCUGUGUGGUGUAUAGUCUAUAUUCUGUGUUGGUGUUUAUACAUUUUUACAAAAAUAUAUGUUAUGCAACUCUACUUAAUUAACUCACACUGUUUAAUGUGGACACUGCUGAAGAAAUAAGCUAAACGAUGAUUGUAUAUUUUGCUCUUUUCCACAAGGAACUGAAAAAGCUCCGAGGAUACAAGCAGACAACAGCCAAAUAAACUGAGUGAACAUAAAAA